CUGUAUGAUAAUAAUAGUCGGUGUAAUUCAGCAUAAGCGGCUAAAGUUUAUUUAUUUUAUUUUGAUACUGUAAUUGUGGACGUGGAUAGGUCGCCGGUUAUCACGUCGUGUUGCGCGACGCUGCAUAUUCGUGACAUUCCAGUGAUUUCCAUGAUCUACCGCGGCUGACAUCCCUCUUUUAUUUGGUAUAAGCCACGAUGCUGCUGGUGAAUCGUGCAAUUUUAUUAAAUUUAUUACUCGUGAGUUUUGCUCUCGGCGACCCCGAGGAGGAGCAAGGGGUUAAAUACGCCAAUAAAUGCGAAGUGUGCAAAGUUUUAGCUACAGAGCUCGAAGCUAGGCUCGACGAAACAGGAAAAACACAUGAUGUGUUAGAGAUUGGAUAUUCGGUAGACGAUGUUGCGCCAAAGAAGAAAAAGGAAUAUAAGAAGUCAGAAUUGCGGUUAGUAGAAUCCAUGGAGGAUGUUUGUGAGCGUAUACUGGAAUACAAUAUACACAAAGAGCGUACGGACAGUACGAGAUUUGCGAAAGGAAUGAGUCAAACGUUCAAAACGUUGCACGGCCUUGUGGAUAAGGGAGUUAAAGUAGAAUUGGGUAUUCCCUACGAGCUGUGGGACAAGCCUUCCGUAGAGAUAACUACUUUGAAAACGCAAUGUGAAAGCUUGCUAGAAAAUCACGAAGCUGACAUUGAAGACUGGUAUCACAACCAUCAGGGAGAGAUUCCUUUAAUUAGAUAUUUAUGUUCCGAGCGUGCAUUGAAAGGACAAAAUGAUUCUUGUCUGUACGAGGACAUCGGAAAAGACGUCAACAAACAAAAGAAAAAGAAAAAAGGGAUAUCUAAGGAAGAGACAAAUAGUAAAGAAAAUAUGAAGGAUAAUUCUCAGAAUACGAAGCAAGAAUUGUAAACCUACGAGAAUAAACGAACAAAUUCGUAUAGAUACCUUUUAUUAAUGAAUUAAGUAGAAUGUGAUCCUACAUCCAAUAGAGGUACAAUAUAUGUACACACACACUACCAAUUCUGUAUAUAAACGUAAUCUGUAAAUAUUAGCAUUGUCUAUAUACUUGGAUAUACGUAUAUGUGCCCUAUUGUACUGUUGGAAAUUUUAUAAUAAACUUCUUUUAUAUA